AUGAAGAAGCAAGUACAAGAUUAUGUAACACCUUUAGCCAUUAGGUUCAUUGCAACUUUUACUAGUGCUGGUGCAAAUGUUGUCAGGUGUGAGGACGAUUCCCUUCCUAGCAUAAGAUGGGUUCUUGAUCUUGCAAGAUGUGCAGUUCUGAGGCAUGGGGUGCGUGGGCUUGUAAUUGAUCCUUACAAUGAGCUUGAUCAUCAGCGUCCUGUUAGCCAGACCGAGACAGAGUAUGUGAGUCAGAUGCUUACAAUGGUCAAGAGGUUUGCUCAACAUCACGCUUGCCAUGUUUGGUUCGUUGCUCAUCCGAGACAGUUGUAUAAUUGGGCUGGGGACCCUCCUAACCUCUAUGAUAUAAGUGGAAGCGCACAUUUUAUAAACAAAUGCGAUAAUGGGAUCGUUAUUCAUCGAAAUCGUGAUCCAGAUGCAGGGCCUGUUGAUCAUGUCCAGGUAUGCGUGAAGAAGGUACGCAAUAAGGUUGCAGGAACCAUUGGUGAUGCAUUCUUGUCAUAUAAUAGAGUCACUGGUGAAUUCGAGGACGUUGAAUGAAUAGCCAGAGAAAUAGGCUGCUACAUUCGACAAUUUUCUUGUGAUGCAAGGCUGUACAGCGAGGUGUCUCAACAAUAUCCGGUUCCAUUCACGGUGUUCGCUUAGACAGUUCCUGCUCUUCACACUACGCCAAUUCUUGUGAUCUUUACCGAGCAGACUGUUCAUUGAUCCCACCGUGUGUAAAUUUUAUCUAGGUUUUUGUUAAUCUUGAACAAGUACAGCUAAACAGCUUAAGAGUUAUCUGGUAAAUCUUAUAUCUAUGAUAUAUACAUACAUCUUUUGGGUGUAUUGUUGUUGUAGAUGGAGAUGAUAAAUUUUGUCCAUUUUGUUCUGAAUCUCUUGUCUGUAGUAGGAUAUUUACUGCCCUGUUCU